UUAUCAAAUAGUGUCCACAGUGGAGUGGGACAGACAAUAUGGCAGCCACCUGGAGAUACCUCAAACCUGGUCCGCAUGAGAAAUCAGUCUCUAGGACAAUCUGCUCCUUCACUUACUGCUGGCUUGACCCUUCAGCACAUAAGAGUCGCAAGAUCUCAGCAAUGAACUAAAGAAUGUGCCGUGUCUGCUGCAUAUGAGGAGACCAGCAUACCUCAGAGAUAGCAGAAACAAAAGAAUGUGCGACAGUAUCUGAAGAGUCUGACAUUUGCUUUGUCAUACAGAGAAGUAAAGGAAUUUUUCAGAAUUUGGAGAAAUAAAAUUUCUAUUGUUUCAUAGUGAGUUUUUUUUUCUAAUUUUAAAUAGUACUGUUCCCUGUCUGUCUACAGAAUUGAUUUUUAGUUAAGUGUGAGCAUGUGUUUUUUAAAGGAAAUGUGACCUGGAUUUGGUGAGCUUAUUAUGAACAGUAAAUGAAGGCAGCUGUUGUAGUUUGCUGAUCCCUUAUGUAGCUCAAGUAAAUGGAAAUAAAGCAAAAAUAAGUGUGGGGGGGAUCUGAAUUAAAUUCCAGUCUUUGGUCUUAUGUGGAGGCGUGGAUUAUAUUUCUAGAGGGUUGUGUGUAUGAGGGGAAUGAGACAUCCAACCUUGAAAAGAUUUAGGAAAGUGAACAGAUUUUUUCCAAUGUGACCUGCUAAAUCUGUCACAAAAGAGGCAGGCAAAAUUACGUACAAAUAGUCAGAAACCCUGGCUGCAGUUCUUCAUGACAGGCAAGUGAAAGACCAUGUCCUAUUUUUAGAGUGGAUGGAGGAGGGGUGAAGGGGGGAGAAAAAGUUUGAAAAUAAUGGACUUCUUUAACAGUUAGAGAGGAAAGCUAGCCAGAAGCAAGUGAGCUUUAGCAGGAAUUUGUGAUCAGCAGAGUCAAGAUAUGGAUGAUUCAAGUAUUCUUCGAAGAAGAGGGCUGCAGAAGGAGCUCAGUCUACCUAGAAGAGGAAGCUUAAUCUCCUCUCCUUUGUUCUCCCACUGCCGAGGAAGUGAUGUUCAUCAGCAAAUGUUCUCUCCUACAUCUGCUCCAGGUCUGCAGCACCUUAAAUUCCCAUUUAGUGCUGACUGUGCACUUGUUACUUCUCCUCUAGUAUUUUACCUGAACUCACAAGCCCAGAGCAAUCCGUCUAGUCCAUGCUACAGCCAUCCUUUUCAGUGGAGCUGUCGGACAAGCAACAGAAAGAGUUUGAUUGUAACAUCCAGCACAUCUCCAACUCUCCCGCGACCACAUUCCCCUCUUCAUGGACACGCAGGCAGCAGCCCUUUGGACAGUCCCAGAAACUUCUCACCAAAUGCACCUGCUCAUUUUUCCUUUGUUCCUGCCCGAAGCCACGGACACAGAGCAGACAGAACGGAUGGACGCCGCUGGUCCUUGGCCUCCCUCCCCUCAUCAGGAUAUGGAACAAACACUCCCAGUUCAACAGUUUCAUCAUCAUGCUCAUCUCAGGAGAAGCUGCACCAGCUGCCCUUUCAGCCCACGGCAGAUGAACUUCAUUUCCUGACAAAGCAUUUCAGUACUGAGAGCAUCACUGAUGAAGAAGGGCGCCAUUCUCCAGCCUUGAGACCUCGAUCUCGCAGUCUCAGCCCGGGUCGCUCCCCAAUUUCCUUUGACAGUGAAAUAAUAAUGAUGAAUCAUGUGUACAAAGAAAGGUUUCCAAAGGCCACAGCGCAGAUGGAAGAACGGCUGGCUGAGUUUAUUGCCUCUAAUGCUCCAGAGAACGUGCUGCAAUUAGCAGAUGGGGUCCUAAGUUUCAUCCAUCAUCAAGUUAUUGAACUGGCCAGAGAUUGCCUAGAUAAAUCACGUGAAGGUCUCAUUACUUCUCGGUACUUUUAUGAGCUGCAGGAAAACUUGGAGAAACUUCUCCAGGAUGCGCACGAGCGAUCGGAGAGCUCAGAGGUUGCCUUUGUUACCCAGCUUGUGAAGAAGCUGAUGAUUAUUAUUGCACGACCCGCUCGGCUGCUGGAGUGCCUGGAGUUUGAUCCUGAGGAGUUCUACCAUUUGUUAGAAGCUGCAGAAGGCCAUGCCAAGGAAGGGCAAGGAAUUAAAUGCGACAUUCCUCGUUAUAUUAUCAGCCAGCUGGGACUUACCAGGGAUCCCCUGGAGGAAAUGGCCCAGCUGAAUAGCUAUGACAGCCCAGACACUCCUGAGACAGAUGAUUCAGUCGAGAGCCGUGGAGCCUCCGUCCAGUCAAAGAAAACUCCAUCUGAAGAAGAGUUUGAAACUAUUAAACUGAUCAGUAACGGUGCUUAUGGAGCGGUGUAUUUGGUGCGACACAAGACCACCCGUCAACGUUUUGCCAUGAAGAAGAUCAACAAACAGAACCUAAUUUUGAGAAACCAGAUCCAGCAGGCUUUUGUCGAGAGAGAUAUCUUAACAUUUGCUGAGAACCCCUUUGUAGUCAGCAUGUUCUGCUCCUUUGAGACCAAGCGCCAUCUGUGCAUGGUUAUGGAGUACGUGGAAGGAGGUGAUUGUGCUACACUUCUCAAGAACAUUGGUGCCCUACCUGUUGACAUGGCGAGAAUGUAUUUUGCUGAGACUGUUCUAGCAUUGGAGUACCUACACAAUUACGGGAUCGUUCACCGUGACCUAAAACCUGAUAAUCUCCUGAUAACUUCCAUGGGUCACAUUAAACUUACAGACUUUGGACUGUCUAAAAUCGGGUUAAUGAGUCUUACAACUAAUCUUUAUGAGGGACACAUUGAGAAGGAUACCAGGGAAUUUCUGGACAAGCAGGUCUGUGGGACUCCAGAAUACAUUGCGCCAGAAGUGAUCCUGCGCCAGGGUUAUGGGAAGCCUGUGGAUUGGUGGGCCAUGGGCGUUAUCCUGUACGAGUUUCUAGUUGGCUGUGUUCCUUUCUUUGGUGACACACCUGAAGAGCUGUUUGGACAAGUGAUCAGUGAUGAAAUUGCCUGGCCAGAAGGUGAUGAUGCACUGCCACCAGAUGCCCAGGAUCUCAUUUCUAAGCUUCUUCGCCAAAAUCCUCUGGAAAGAAUGGGAACAGGUAGUGCCUUUGAAGUGAAACAGCAUCGGUUCUUUAAAGAUUUGGACUGGAAUGGAUUACUUCGGCAGAAAGCUGAAUUCAUCCCACAGUUGGAAUCUGAGGAUGACACAAGCUAUUUUGACACCCGCUCAGAACGGUACCAACACCUGGAUUCAGAAGAGGAGGAGGACACUAAUGAUGAUGAUCAUGUGGAAAUACGUCAGUUCUCCUCAUGCUCACCAAGGUUCAGCAAGGUAUACAGCAGCAUGGAACGUCUUUCCAUCCACGAAGAGAGGAAAACACCACCACCAACUAAACGGAGUCUGAGUGAAGAAAAAGAUGACCGACUGGACAGCCUUGGUGGCUUGAAAAGUCGAGACCGCAGCUGGGUGAUUGGGUCUCCUGAAAUAUUGCGUAAGCGCUUGUCCAUGUCUGAAUCCUCACACACGGAGAGCGAUUCCAGUCCACCCUUGACAGUCCGCCGACGCUGCUCAGGGCUUCUCGACAUGCCCCGUUUUGCCAUCUCCACCGAGGACGAGGGAACUGUGCUCAAAAGGCCGCAGUCAGAGGGGAUGCUGCUAUCCGCUGUGCAGUCCCGGGAGGGGCUGCCGGUGCCCAUUCCAGAACAGCCCGUGGAGCAGGAUCUGCAGCUGGAAGGUGAUACCGGACCCACUACCCCCUCCACAGCUGUCAGCAGCACCUCGACGCUGGCAGCUGGGAGCACUGCAGAUUUCUCUGAUCCACGCGCUCGCAGUAAUAGCAAUGAAGGCCCAGACUUUACCACUCCAAAAGCCAUCAGCGAUUUGGCAGUGCGGCGGGCACGACACAGGUUGCUCUCUGGGGAAUCGGGGGAGAAACGUACCUCAAGACCUGUCAAUAAAGUGAUUAAAUCAGCAUCCGCUACUGCCUUGUCUCUCAUGAUUCCCUCAGAUCACCACACGUGUUCCCCAUUGGCUAGUCCAAUGUCACCUCAUUCUCUAUCCUCAAACCCAUCUUCGAGGGACUCCUCACCCAGCCGUGACUUUUCUCCUGCUAUCGCAAACCUGAAACCACCAAUCAUCAUCCAUCGGGCUGGAAAGAAAUACGGUUUCACUCUCCGUGCCAUUCGCGUCUAUAUGGGUGACAGUGAUAUCUACACUGUGCAUCACAUGGUCUGGCACGUGGAGGAAGGCGGUCCAGCGAAUGAAGCAGGUCUGCGUGAAGGGGAUCUGAUAACCCAUGUCAACGGGGAGCCGGUCAACGGGCUGGUGCACACCGAAGUGGUGGAACUAAUUCUGAAGAGUGGAAAUAAAGUGUCUAUCUCCACUACGCCAUUUGAGAACACAUCCAUAAAAGUUGGACCAGCUCGAAAGGCCAGCUACAAAUCUAAGAUGGCUCGUAGGAACAAGAAGAGCAAAACUAAGGAUGGUCAGGAAAGUAAGAAGAAGAGUUCUUUGUUGAGGAAGAUCACUAAACAGGCAUCACUGCUUCACACCAGCCGUAGUUUAUCUUCGCUGAACCGCUCUCUGUCUUCUGGAGAAAGUGUGCCUGGCUCUCCGACCCACAACCUGUCUCCUCGGUCACCUACACAGAGUUACAGAUCCACUCCAGAGUCUGUACACUCAGUUGGUGGCAAUUCUUCCCAGAGCAGCUCUCCCAGUUCCAGUGUUCCCAAUUCUCCUGCCAGCUCUGGACACAUCCGACCCAGCUCUCUUCAUGGACUAGCACCAAAGCUUCAAAGACAGUAUCGAUCUCCAAGGCGCAAGUCUGCAGGAAAUAUUCCUCUGUCACCACUAGCUCACACUCCAUCACCAACCCCACAGUCCACAUCACCGCAACGCUCCCCCUCUCCUUUACCGGGACACUCAGUUGGCAGCUCCAGUAUUAUUCAGUCUUUCCCAGUAAAACUACACUCCUCUCCACCACUGGUGAGACAAAUUUCUCGCCCCAAAAGUGCUGAGCCCCCUAGGUCUCCUUUGCUAAAGAGAGUACAGUCGGCUGAGAAACUAGCUGCCUCUCUGUCCUCUUCUGAGAAGAAGCUGGCUUCCUCACGUAAGCAUAGCUUGGAUAUCUCUCACUCUGAAUUUAAGAAGGAGAUGCUACAGAGGGACCCAAGUCUACAGAGUUUACAAGAAUCUGUGAAUGAAACAACAGGUGGCAAACUUGGGCUAGCGGAAAAAGGAAUGUUGCAGAAGCCAGGUUCCAGGAAGUUGGGUGCAAUUCGACAAGACAGGGUGGAGAGGAGAGAGUCUCUGCAAAAGCAGGAGGCCAUCAGAGAGGUAGAUUCUUCUGAAGAUGAGACAGAUGAUGGUUCAGAGGAUAGUCAGGAUGGAAGAAGAAUGGACAAGCCUCCUGACAGUGGAGACCAAGGCUCAGAUUCUUUUAAUGAAGAUAGUAAGUUUUCCUCUAAGCUGGAAAGCAAAGAUAGUAUUGAAGAUGAUGCCUUUCUACCCGAAGAUCCAAAAGGUACAGAAGAUUUGCAGAAGGGAAAUGAUCAACAAGCCAAGACUGGUUCAGAACCGUUGCAAGUUGGUGUGCAUCCUUCCUCAUCAGAGGUCCUCGCAAGAACUUCUCUAGAAAACUUAGUUGAUUCAGAAAAGCCAUUCCUAAGAUCAGGAACAACUACAAAGGAACAUAAAUUGGCGGAAAACAAAACCUUCCAGUGUUUAGGUCCAAAAGACAAGUCAUCUGAAACAAUCAGAGAUCACAGGGGAACUACUAGUACUCAAAAACCAACAGAUUGCACAGAAAGUAUACCGUGCCCAUCUAUCAAACUCCCUGAACUUGAAAAAAGGGACUCUUUGGGGGCCUCAUGUGGUAAACUCGACCUGAAAGACACCCCUCUAACAGAAAUCAGUCAGAAAAAACAAGAUUCAAAACCUCUGCUAGCACUUUCUUCUUGUUGCACAGCAAGUGUGAGCACUCCUCGCUUGGUGAGCCCUGUGGAUCGCAGUGAGAAGGAUCACAAGGGCACAAUUCAGCCCAUAGAACAGCACAGCACCUUAUCUCUGUGUCCUGCAAGUGUGAGUGAAACAUCCCCAAAAAGUCCCAGCACUGAAAAGCGACCCGGCUCGUCCCAGGCAGAGAGUGCUUCAACGGCAAGCCGAACGAGCCAGGGCGGCCCAGCAGGUACUGUGUCCUCCACACUGCUCGUCCCCAGUGCUAUCGAAAGAGCACUCUCCAUGUCUCAGUUAAUGCCACUAGCUCAGAGCGUCUUGGGCCCUUUGAAGCUCAGCAUGCCUGGUUCUGGAGAGGUGGAAAAGAAAACGGAUUUCCCCCAUUUGGGUGCCUCCUGUAAAGAAGAGAGAGAUUUGAAGCAAAAAAGGCAGGAAACUUCACAAACAGGAGCGUGUCAAGAGAAAGCCAAACUAACUAGCACAGACAGUCUGACCACGAGGAGUGGAUCCUGCACAGAGUCAUUAAACUUAGCAAAACCUUGGGAGGCAACAUGUCCUGUGGCGGCAAAAAAAGAGGCAACUUUUUGCAGUGCUAAAGCAUCUGAAGUACUGGGAGGUAGCUGCAAAAUCACUCCAUCGAAGGAGCUGUUGCAUGCUCUUGGACAGCCACCUCCGAGAGCCUCUCCUCUGCCAGAUGGCAGCACGAGGCCCUGUAAAGAAGGGACUCUCACACAAGCAAAAAGCAAAGAGGUUGGAAGUCAGUUAAAAAUACCAGACUUUCCCCUGUCACAUGAUGGUACUGUAAAGAAAACAUAGCAGCAUCCCUGGUACACACGGACUGGAGCAUUCUGCAUUCGGAAUAGAGACUGCAUGUUUGAAUUUUGUAAUAUACACUAAUAUAAAAUAGAACUUGUGUACAUCUAUUUUUGGGAGGGUUUUUUUCAUACUGUUUUUUGUGUUUUUUCAUCCUUGCUAUUCUAUUUUUGUACACAGUAAUGCUUGCUGUUUGAGGUCUCUUUAGAACAGGGUAUCUUUAAAACAGGGCUUAGGAAACAGUUUGCUGAUUUUUCCCUUCCUGACCUUUUGUUUUGCCUGAGUUUAGGGUUGGUUGUGCUCUUCCUUCCAAUUCUGCAUUUAUUUAAGAUCCCCAAAAUUCUCAACAGAAAAAAAGGCAGCUUACUUCAAAAUCUCUGGUUUUCAAACUUCUUUCAAUGUCUUUGAAAUUCACAGGUCUUGAAUAUUGUCUUUGAAUUUACAAAUUUACUCUGGUUUUCUUUGGCAAGGAGAAGAAAGUACUCUCUGGUCCACAAAAAUGAAUCUUCAGUGCGAGUAAGGCUUCUUCAUCACUGUGUGCACUCAGUCCUGCACACAUCCUUAGAGGACGUGAAAGCAAGGGAUUUGGACGGAGGGGUUGGACAGAGAGAUAUCCCUGUCUUCUCUUUAAACCAAGUAUAAGUGUUUUUGUUUGUUUGUUUUCCCAAUCAGAAAUCUCUAAGCUGUUUUUUUGGGGGGAGGGAUUGUUUUUAUUUAUCCUGUAUAGGACACGUGGCAAAUUCUCCUUCUGUUUUUAAAAAUUUAAUGAUGUUUUAUCUUCCUUGGUCUGACUUCAAUUUGUAACUUGCCUCAGAAUAAAUGACCCCAGGAAAGGGGCGCCUUGUAGGUGGAUUUUAAAGUAGAGAAAUUUGUAGUCACGUGUUCUCUAGUAUGUCUUGGGUAAAGAUAUCUCAACGAUAAAUGACCUUUGGAGACUUUUCCUUCUCUUGGUGAGUCUAAAUAGGUAGGGAUUUUAAGGUGUUCCUUAACAUUUCUGAACUGGGGCUUGGGAAACUCACUGAGUUUUCCAAAUCUGCCCAUUUUAAUAACAACCAAAUAGAAAACUAUGAAGAGUUCUGACUCCUUGAGUUCUGUGGACAAGCUGCAAGCAGACUUCAAAACACAUGUGAUAUUUUAAGAUUUCAGCUGUGAUAGCUAGAUCAUUUCCACUGCAGAGGUCACUUGGUUCCAUUAAAAACUACUCUCAGCUCUUAGGUUUAGACAUUGCUUUGUUCUAGGUGUGACCGACUCCGGGUACCAGUGCUCUUUGCUGAGGAUUAGAUACCAAUACACCAAUAACUGUGACUGGUGAUCCCUGUAGCACUGUAAGCCAUUUCUUCAUCCAGUUAAAGGUUACUGUCAGUGAACACUCCCGUCAUUUGUCCCAGAUUGUGCGCAGCUCUUAUUCUAGUCUUGUCUGAGUAUAUCCCCCUGCGGAUCACCCGCGCUAUCUAGUGUCCUGCUCACCGGCUUUCUCUGUUAGAAGCAGAAUGACUGUGCAACAGUAUUUCAAGCUAAAACCUGCAUCCGUUGGUCUGUUUCAUUCUACUGCUGCCUUUUUCAUUGUCUUGGCCUUUUCUGAACUUGAAGUUUUGAUUCACUGUCCCUAAAUGUAAAUAUGUUUUUAUAUAGGAAUGUAUUUUCUUCAUCUCUUUCAACCUGAUUUCAGCUUAUUCCACAAGUCACAGAAGUCUCUGUAAUCUUGCCCUGAUUCUUUCUGUAUAACCAUUUUUCCCCCAUCAUAUAUGUGAUUUUUGGCUGCUUGGAUUUCAUUUCUUCAUUUCUGGACCAAUUUUGGUUUGGUUUGAGCUUUUUUUUUUUUUUUUUUUUUUUAAACAUUUUUAAAUGAGUUUUUACUCUGUGUGUCUGUGUGAACAUGUAUGGUGUUGUUAAUACACUAGCCAAAGCCUCAAAGCUCCCAGAUAACACCUGAAUAAAUAUUGCUGUGACGGUAUUGAGAGCAGGG